AUGAGAUUUUGCGGCGGCAAAGCUAUUGAACGAGAGGGCAAUUUCGUGGAGCCGACCAUUAUUACAGGUCUUCCACACGACUCACCACUCGUCCAAAGGGAGACAUUCGCGCCCAUUGUCUAUGCCUUGAAAUUCACGUCUUUGGAUGAGGCCAUCGGUUGGAACAAUGAAGUCAAACAGGGAUUGUCGAGCAGUCUCUUCACCACUAAUCUCAACAAUAUAUUCAAAUGGAUGGGACCGAAGGGCUCGGAUUGCGGUAUAGUUAACGUCAAUAUUCCCACAAAUGGGGCAGAAAUUGGCGGCGCUUUCGGCGGCGAAAAGCAUACGGGCGGCGGACGGGAGUCAGGAUCUGAUUCGUGGAAACAAUAUAUGCGUCGCUCGACGUGUACUAUCAAUUACGGCAAACAACUCCCAUUGGCUCAGGGCAUCAAAUUCGAGUGAUGUCUUCAGCUGAUCCCAU